AUGCCCUGGCUUUCGUUGGGUACACAAGACUCUUAUCAAUCUCUACACUCCACAAUCUACAUUGGAUUUUACCACCAACAAAAUUUGCAGUUCCUUCCAAUCUCGACCGCCCUUGAUGUCCUAGCAUUUACUGCAGCUACUCCGGUUCCUGCGGGAAAUGUCCGCGCUCUGCCUGUCGUCAAGCGUACCGCAUUUGUGCCUGACAAUCUCAUUGCAAAUUUGCAUCCCGACUCUAGCUCUACAGAUCUCAUCGAACACGAGGACAAACCCGCUCUGAGGAAGCGGGAGACGAAGGACGUCAAAGCCCCUUCAAGUAGGAACUCCAAAUAUACCAUGGCCAAUAGACAAGUCGUCUUCCAGAUCACCAAACUCACGUACAAUACGAUGAGAGUCGUUGCUAAGCAUUUGCUGGAGCGAAGUAUUACGGUGUACGUUACGAACAAUAGUUUUAACAAGCUCGAUGUUUUCUCGACUCAGCUCGAUGUAGAUUGA